CCAUUCCUACAAAUUUUUCGAGAGAAAAUGAUGUGUGGUUGAUUUAGCCACACCCAACCCAUCGUCUUCCUUUACGAAUAACCGUGUAAGAGCCGACGGAGCAAUUGCUCGCCGACUUCGAUCGGACUAAAUUUCCGUUACUAUGUAAAUCGCUGUGACCGGAACGAACCCUUUUGCGAAGUAAGCGUCUCUCUUUGUCAUGGACAUCUUUUCUUCAACUUGAAUUCAUGGAGGUGGUCGGUUCAGUCAAACUCUUUUUAGCUUCACCGGCGAACACGGUUUCAGGCUUAGUUUACUCUCCCUCCUCUUAUUCUUCCUUAUUUUCUCCCAAGAAGAAGAAGAAGAAGAAGAAGCUGCUUGUUGUGUCAAAGAGCAAAAAGCAGCCUCAAACUUCAUCGGCUGGUUCGGAUCCUCCUCCGAGAAUUACGUCAAAUCUGAAGCAGAAUUUGCAGUUUCUGAGAUUGUGGAAGGAUUUUCAAAAGAGAAAAUCUGGCGUACCUAAGCCUGCUACUAGUUACCGGAGGAAGAAGGUUGAGAAGGAGGACCUCCCAGAAGAUACGGAGCUUUAUCGUGAUCCCACAUUGGCUCUUUACCAUACAAACCAGGGCAUAGACAAUGUAUUCCCUGUCUUGCUGGUUGAUGGAUAUAAUGUGUGUGGCUACUGGGUGAAACUGAAGAAACAUUUUAUGAAUGGGAGACUUGAUGUAGCUCGCCAAAAGCUAAUUGACGAGCUUAUUACGUUCAGUAUGCUGAGAGAGGUCAAAGUGGUAGUUGUAUUUGAUGCGAUGCUGUCUGGACUCCCAACACACAAGGAAAACUUUGCCGGAAUUGACGUGGUUUAUUCAGGUGAAUCGUGUGCAGAUACAUGGAUUGAAACAGAGGUUGUAGCCCUGAAGGAGGAUGGAUGUCCCAAAGUUUGGGUAGUGACUUCUGAUGUCUGUCAUCAGCAUGCAGCCCAUGGAGCAGGAGCCUUUAUUUGGAGUUGCAAGGCAUUAGUUUCCGAGAUUAAUGCAUCGAAAAAGGAGGUUGAAAUGAUGUUGCAAGAACACAGGUAUGACUAUUCCAGAUGCAAAUUUUACAGUAUGUAUUGAGAUAGAUUAUGAUAGAUCAACAUCUUUCCAAGGGAAAUUGUUAAAGCAUAAUCUCGAUUCAGAAGUUGUCAAUGCUCUCAAUGAUCUGAAAAGGAAGCUAAACGAAAGUGAACCAAAGUAGAUGGGGAAGAUCGUGUUUGUACAAAUACUCUUUCUCUAAUUUCAUUGCUUCUUCAUUAAUUUAGGCUGAAUCUCAUGUUCAUAGGCAUGUCGCAGUCUGUUUCAAGCUGAUUAAUUGAAGACAAAAACCACAUAUUUUUUUUCUUUUUCUGUGUACAAAUCCCCUAGACGUCUGACAGAAAAUAACAUUAAGUUUGUUGAGAAUGGGGACGAAGAUGUAGGUUCCCUAGCCUUUCUGAAUUCCAGAUGUAGGGUCUCUAUGUUCCAACAGUGAAGAGAAGCAUAUAAUAUUUGUGCAUGACGUGUUUUGGCAUAUUUAAAAAUAUAGGAGAUGAUAUGGGAGAAGGAAAUAAAAGAAGAGAAGCCAGCUUUCUCAUUUGUCAGCA